AUGAAGUUUGAUCCAUCACGUCACAUAGUGGUGCUUACAGAUGAUGAUGUGGUUGAUUGGGAUGAAGAGUAUCCGCCACAGAUGGGAGAAGAAUAUUCACAAAUUAUUUAUAGCACAAAAUUAUAUAGAUUUUUCAAGUACAUUGAAAACAGAGAUGUAGCCAAAUCAGUUUUGAAGGAGAGGGGUCUUAAGAAGAUUAGAUUGGGAAUUGAAGGUUAUCCUACUUACAAAGAGAAAGUGAAGAAAAGACCUGGGGGCCGCCCUGAAGUGAUUUACAACUAUGUCCAAAGACCUUUUAUUCGAAUGUCCUGGGAGAAGGAAGAAGGAAAGAGUCGGCAUGUAGACUUUCAGUGUGUAAAUAUCACCAACCUGGCAGCAGCUGCUGCAGACAUUCCCCAGGACCAGCUGGUAAUCAUGCACCCAACUCCGCAAGUGGAUGAGCUGGAUAUACUCCCUAACCAUCCACCUUCUGGCAACAAUGACCUCGAUCCUGAUGUGCAGAAUCAAUGCUGUGAUGAUGUUCCUUGAAACCAUAGCAUGCUACUGUUCACGGUGAUGUUGCACUCUCCUCAUUCUGCACUGCAAGACCACUCUCUUCAUUGUGAGAUGCACAUAACAAUGUUUAGGAUAUUGCAGUGUAGGCUUUUUUUAAAGACCAAAGGUAGCUGAAUGGUUUUGUUUUGUUUUGUUUUUAAAUGAGUACAACUCUAGCAUCCUGAGGUUCCAGUUAUAUAAAUGUAUGUUUACCAGUGGGUUUGUGAAAUUGGUUCUUUGUAUGGGGGACAGUCCUUUUUCACAUAUCUAGACCUUUUCAGAAAUUGUGGAAAUUGGCAGCUGGGGUAUUUUCAGUUUGAUAUUUGUCACACCCCAGACAGAUGCAGAUUAUUAUAUAGUU